GCCGCGGCUGCGCAACCGGCUCCUCGUUUCCCCUUUUGGGGCGCUUCCUUCCUGGUGCCGGUCUUCCUCCCGCUCGGGGCCGAGACCCGGCUCGCCGGGGAGAUCCGCUGCGGCGGCCGGCCGGCUGGGCGCGGGGGAGCCCGGCGCAGCCGAGAGAGAGAGAGAGAGAGGCACGGGGCGCUGCUCUGAGUCAGGCUGACUGAGCCCGGGAGGCGGGGGAUUCGGUGCCGGCUGCUAGCGCGGUGAUUGAUGCUUCUUCGACCUGCGAGGCAACCACGUCACCGUCUCCUGGCAUCUUGCGGUCGAAUUGUGUGCGGGAAUCCACCGUGACUUAGGAUGAUGGUCUUGGGUGGCAUUGUGUGUCCCAGUGUGCAAGAAUAGCCCCAGAAGAGGAAAGGCUGAGCCUAGAGCUCUUCAGCAGGGAAGAUUCCCUUCCCCCCUGCUUCAGGCUGCUGAGCACUGAGCGGCGCUCAGAAUGGAAGCCAUCGCCAAAUAUGACUUCAAAGCUACUGCUGACGAUGAGCUGAGCUUCAAAAGGGGGGACAUCCUUAAGGUUUUGAAUGAAGAAUGUGAUCAGAACUGGUAUAAGGCAGAACUCAAUGGGAAAGAUGGCUUCAUCCCCAAGAAUUACAUAGAAAUGAAACCACAUCCGUGGUUUUUUGGCAAAAUCCCCAGAGCCAAGGCAGAAGAAAUGCUUAGCAAACAGCGGCAUGAUGGGGCCUUCCUGAUCCGAGAGAGUGAGAGUGCUCCUGGGGACUUCUCCCUGUCUGUCAAGUUUGGAAAUGAUGUGCAGCACUUCAAGGUGCUCCGUGACGGAGCCGGGAAGUAUUUCCUGUGGGUGGUGAAGUUUAACUCUUUGAAUGAGCUGGUAGAUUACCACAGAUCAACAUCCGUGUCCAGGAACCAGCAGAUAUUCUUACGGGACAUAGAACAGGUGCCACAGCAGCCAACGUAUGUCCAGGCACUCUUUGACUUUGACCCCCAGGAGGAUGGCGAGCUGGGCUUUCGCAGAGGAGACUUCAUUCACGUCAUGGAUAACUCAGAUCCCAAUUGGUGGAAAGGGGCCUGCCAUGGGCAGACCGGCAUGUUUCCCCGCAAUUAUGUCACCCCAGUGAACCGGAGCGUCUAAGAAGCAAAAGAGAUUAUUUAAAGAAAGUGAAAAGUUGAGACCGUUCACAAGAAUUACACCCACACGCUGCCUAUCACAGCCUGUGAGGGAACGCAGAACACCUGGCUGGGUCCCACGGGUGACCCUCUCACUUAGGUUGCAACUUUGGGGGGGUGGGAAGGGGUGUUUGAUUUCAUCAUGCCAAAACUUAACCUAUUGAAUGGAUUACAAUUUUUAUUACGGAAUCUCGCCGCUACUCCUCUUCCCCUCCUGUGUCCUUUUUCUCAUUCUUUCUUUCCUGUCCAGUGCAUGAUGUUUAAGGCCACAUAUAGUCCAGCUGAUGCCAAUAAUAAAAGAAAAGAAACCAA